AUGGAAGCGUUAAAGGAAGCGACAGCGGUUUUCCAUAAAAUAAAUGUUUGAGUUAUGUAGAAAAACAUUUUGGGCGAGAGGAUUUUCGUUUUCGUUGCGAUUCAGUUAACAUUUGGCAACCGGAUUCCGCCUCAGACAGACACGACGACCGGACCCGUGUAUCCAUCUCCCUCGAGCUUCGAGCCUUCAAAUCUUUGUUUCCCCAAGCGUCAUGUAAAGUUAUCAGUAAGCCCCGACGGAAACGGAAACGGAUACGAAACGAAACGAAACAGUGUGCGAGUUGCUAGUGUAGUGACAUGGCCUAUUGGAAAUCGAAUUCAAACUCAAUUCUAACUCCAGUUCAAACUCAAACUCAAACGCAAAGUGAAUCUAGUGAAUAAGCAAAAUCGAGCACAGUUCCUGAGUAAACAUCAAAGCGAAAGUGUUGCGUCCUCUACCACAUAAGAACCAAGAAUAGAAUCCAUCUAGAAUCUAGACAUACGAUUAUCAUGCACACCAGCACGGAUCCCAUGCACACUCUGCACGACAGCGUCUCUCUGUCGCCGCCGUUGCACAAGAGUCAGCGGAGUGGCGGCGGCAGUGCUUCCUCGCGAUCCGCCGCCGCUGUGGAUGCCAUGUCCAUAGCAUCUGACGAUAGCGAGGAGCCGUCGGGCAUUGGUGGUAGCGGCGGAGAUGUCUGCGGCAACACAGGCGGUCCAUUGGUGAAGCCACCGUACUCCUACAUAGCCCUGAUCACCAUGGCCAUUCUCCAGUCGCCGCACAAGAAGCUGACUCUCAGCGGGAUCUGUGACUUUAUCAUGUCGCGCUUUCCCUACUACAAGGACAAGUUUCCCGCUUGUCAGAUCUCCAUUCGGCACAACCUCAGUCUGAACGACUGCUUCAUCAAGGUACCGCGCGAGCCGGGCAACCCGGGCAAGGGCAAUUUCUGGACACUGGACCCGCUGGCCGAGGACAUGUUCGACAAUGGAAGCUUCCUGCGACGGCGGAAGCGGUACAAGCGGGCCCCCACAAUGCAACGAUUCUCCUUUCCAGCGGUGUUCGGCACCCUGUCCCCCUUCUGGAUACGCAAGCCUGUGCCCCUGGUCCCCGUGCACUUCAAUGUGUUAAACUUCAACGGGAGCAGCCGAGACUUUGACGUGAUGCACUCCCCCGCGGAUGUUUUCGACACGGCGCUGCGGGCCGACAAGAAGUUCAACUUUUUCGCCAACGCCGAGGCAUCCCUUUACCAGAACAGCCAGAGUGGCGGCGACAAGUUCGAUCGCCUCUCCUUCAUAAAUCGCGCACGUGCUGUGGAAGCAGCGGAUGCCGGUGCCGUGGAUGCUCUGCCCCACAGCAGUGGCGGAGCUGGUAGUAGAGCCAGCAAGUACAAAAGUCCCUACCCCUUUGAUGUGGCGACUAUGGCCAGCGCCGCCGCUGGAAUUCCCGGUCAUGGCGAGUACGGUGAGCGGAUCAGUGCUCCGGCCGGUGGUGGCUACAUGGAUCUCAAUGUGAACAACGACGAUGCGGAGGCUGAUGCAGAGACCGAGGCGGAGGCAGAGGCGGACGACGAUUCAUGCGAGGACAAGAUCGAUGUGGAGAGCGCCAACGAGAACGAUCAGGAGGACUCGCACAUAUCGGACUCCGUUGACAGUGCGUGCACGAAACGUCUGGACGUGCCAGCGGAUGUGCUGCUUUUCGAGCAUGCCGAGGUCUCCAGAAGCCCUAUAGUGCAGGCUCUAACGUCCAGUCCGAGGAGCCGCUACGACGGAGAGCCAGCGAACCUGCGGUCUAUCAAGCAGAGCCAUGCCAAGGACUUCCGCAUCGAGACGCUCAUCGGCCACCAGCACCGUCGCACGGUCAGUCACGACGAGGCGAGUGACUAGGCCCUAGCCCUAGCACCUAGCCAGGUCCGACAGCCAGUAGUGAUCAGUAUCUGUAGGAGUAGUAGAAUGCCAGAGCACAAGAUUUUAAUGCGACCAAAUCAACGCUAUAGUUGCGAGUCCACUUACAUGUAUAUCGGAAUAUAUAUAACUGUGUAAAUCUGAUCCAUUGCACAUCUAUAGCAUACUUUUAAAGUGAAUUCUAGAGGUACAUACAUACAUAGUACGUAUCUAUACAUAGUACUUGUGUAGUACUUUAUGGGUGCGUGUAACAAAAAGAGAAAUACUAUUAAAUAUUAAUUAGACUCUAAGAUCUUUGCUGAUGUUAUUGAAAAUUUAAUAAACCACUACAUACUAA